AUGGACGACAGCCCCCUGCCCAGCGGCCUCAAAGUCUUCACUACCUGCCCUGAACUACUCUUCAUCUGGGAGCUUGUCUUGGGGGCCCCAGUGUGGAUCCUGAUCGCCUUGUCCCAGGUGCCCCUCCCCCUGGUCCAGGGCUGGGUGAUGGUCGUGUCUGUGUUCUGCUUCGUAGGCACCACUGCCCUGCUCUUCCUCUACCUAACUGGUGCCAAUAAAGGGAAUAUUCCCUGGGUCUCGCUGGACGGCCUUUUCAUGGGUAACCAGCAGCCCACCCCCCUCCCAUCCCGCCUGCACCUGCCAGGGCCUGUUGGCACCUCCUAUCGUCCAGGAGGGCUGGGUUCCAUCUCGGGGGAGCAGGGUCCUGGGGACUGGCCUUGGCUGCCCGUUCUGACCCUGCAGGACACAGCCUACCACUGUAUCGCCGCCCUGUUUUACCUCAGCGCCUCCUUCCUGGAAGCUUUGGCCACCAUCUCCAUGGAAGAUAGCGUCACCUACGAACAGUACCUUGAAAACAUCUCUGCUGCGAUGUUUUCAUACAUAGCAACGCUGCUGUACGUGGUCCAUGCAGUGUUUUCUGUAGUCAGAUGGAAGUGGCCUUUGCUAGACGACAGUUGAAGACCAUUAGCUGAAAACCCAGGCG